CUAAACUCUAGUUUAAGGAAAAUUCUACAUAGAUAUCAUGUUAAAACUAAUGCUGAUGUAGCUUGUAUCCUCAACUAACAUUUUCCUGCUAUUAUUCACAUCGCAUGGCAAACUGAAAGGCCUCCUUCCUGUUCAGACAUUGCUGAAAUUGUGUUAUCGCUAAAGCAAAACAUUGAAUGUUCAAUGGACUAUUUGCAUAUGCGUGUCAGUGUCGUGGCAUGACCGGUUUGUGUGUGCUGCAGAUGGCGCCCUCAGAGGAAACCAUGUUAGAGAUAGGGACUUCAUCUGAGAACAUCAGCAGCCCCACACAGGGUCCAGGACCAGAGACCAGGACCAGACCUCAGACAGGGGGCUUUCCAUCACUCAUCCUGUACAUCAGAGAAACAAGCCUCUGACCUGAGGUCCACGUCAUGGGAACAUUAAGCAGUAAACCAGACCAGCUGCUCUCCUCUUUCAAAGUUCGGCCCAUGUCCUGUGACCAGAGCACUCACCCCCAGAAGAGCAUCUUUGCCACCCUGCGGAGGCCCCCCACCUCCAAACCCACUGACUUCAUCCCCCUGUUCAACGAUUGUGUCUCUGUGGCAGCUGCCCGCACUCAGGAGUACCUCACAUUCAAGGACCCAGAAAACAAGUUCUCCCCAAGUCCAGAGGCACUCACUGAGAUCUUCCUCAUGACCUACAUCUCAGAGACAGUGAUGUUCAGUUUGAUGGACACGUUUAACUGCACGGUGAUGACUCCGGGGCAGAAGUUUCUGCUGGGGGCCGACUGGGUCUGGGCAGUCCUGGACAAACCCACCAAGAACCCACGUAUCCAAAUCGCAGUCCAAGUCCUGCACCUGCCCGAGCGCGAGGGCAGGUCCCUCUACAGUAAAGCAGAGGAGAUGUCUGAUGAAUCCAUGCAGGUGGCACAGAUGGCAGCUAGCAACAAGAACAUGUGUGAGAAAAUGGUGGACUUCUGUGCCUCUAUUGGAAAAGACUGCUAUGCCCUGUUCCUCUUUAUGGGUCGGAAGAAUGACAAAGAUAAUAUUUAUGGUGUCCUCAGUAAUAAUUUUCAAGCAGCAAUAGGAAAGUGUGACAAGAUCGAUAGAAGUCUGAUUGAGAAUUUCUUUAGAGGGUCCAGGUACCUCCAUACACCAACAGGGAUGAUGCAGGCUAUUGUUACAAAGAGAAAUGACGAUCCACUUACACUCAUGAUAAAAUUUAGCUAAACCAACAAGACAUAAUAAAUUAUUUAGAUUAGCUCUGUCCACUAGCCAGGGUUCAAACUGCUGUUGGGUUUGGCAGUAUACCAACAAGUACAGGAUUUUUGCAUUGCAUCUUAUUGCUUAAACUGUGAGAAUACCAAAAUAGUCAUUCCUUAUUGUGGCUUAAAAUAACCCAGAUACUUUACUGUUUUCACUGCAGCACUGCCUGAUUCUGCACAUACUAAAACACUAAUAAUGACAGAAAAGAUUGGUGGAAGUGGAAGCAGAACUUAAAACUAAAACUUAAAUAGCUCAAAAACAAAAUGUCACUAAUAGGGUAGAGGCCAUGGUUCUUAAGUAUUUUGCCUACCAUUAGUUUUAGAUUGAUUAGUCUACUAUAACAUGAUAUACAUGCUAAGCCAUGUUAU